UUUGUAACUCGCUUCAUGCUUGAUAACAGAACUUAGUCCCAGUGAUAACACAGCUUUUCCCGGUUACUCAAUAAUUUUACAAUUAGUAAUAAUAAAUCGUGAAGUUUAUAGUGACAGUAAUUGUUUGUUAGUUGACAGCACGCCUCGUGACAUUAUUAUUUCACCAUGCAUACCAAGGGAGGUCCCUCAAUACCGCCUUACGACUACCGAGGAUUUCUUGCUUCUGUUUCCUUCAUCAAGAAAAUGAUACCUACAGUGAUGACGACUGAAACUACUCCAGCAUUAACGACAGAGCUGCCAUACACUGCCAGGAUGGAAAGUUACGGUAAUAAUUCACACAAUGGAUGUGGGAUCCAAAUUCUUGCUAAUGACUCGAGAACAGGUCACUUUAACUCCCGCCCUCUGGAACACCAUCGUAAUUGCUCCAUCGUUUUUGUGGGCAAUCCCAACGAUGUCGUCCAUCUUUCAGUAUUUAAUUACAAAUUGAAAGCACCUGCUUGUCAGUCUUAUUUGGAGCUGUAUGACGGACCGAUAGGAGGAAAUAAACCAAUGAAGCGUAUUUGUAGCCCUCAGACAAAACAUGCUCGUGAUGCUAGUGGCAAGUUUCACUCACAUGAAACUUUGAUGUCUUCAGGGAAUACAUUCUCUAUUCUUUUGCACCGUCUCUUGGGUGAAACUUACGCAGACGUAGAACAUAUUGAUGGAGCGUAUGCCUUUCAUGAUG